CGCGCUGAGGAGCGAGCCCGGGAGCCCCACACUGGCGGGCAUUGAGCCGGAGCCCCCCCGCAGCUGCAGCCGGACGCCUCGAUGCCGCAGCAGAGCAGCUUCCAAGUCUGAAGAAGACAUAACCUUGUGCCUGCCUGCCCACCCCACUCUCUGAGCCUGCUAGUCUCUCAGGUCAGAUACGCUGACCUUCACUGCUCAGCUAAGGGUUCCAAGGACUCCACUGUCUCUAGACCCAUCCAGCUGAGUGAACCCAGGGUGUUAUUACACCCGAGGGGAUAGAGGAGUAGGCGGUCAAGGCACCAGAGGAAGAGCCCACUGGGGCCUCAAGCAGAGGAGUGAAACUGGAACCAUCAGGGAACAUGAGUGAAUUUUGGCACAAACUGGGCUGCUGCGUGGUAGAGAAACCCCAGCCGAAGAAGAAGAGGAGACGAAUUGACCGGACCAUGAUUGGGGAACCAAUGAAUUUUGUCCACCUGACUCACAUUGGCUCUGGGGAAAUGGGGGCCGGAGAUGGACUUGCCAUGACAGGUGCAGUUCAGGAGCAGAUGAGAUCCAAGGGAAACCGAGACAGGCCAUGGAGCAAUUCUAGGGGCUUGUAGCUCCAACAGGAAAGGUUCUGCUGUCUGAAACCCUACUCUGUCCAGCCCAGAAGAGAUGCUGCCCCUACCAGAUGCCUCCUACAACCAGUGACCCCAGGGCCUCUCUUUUCCCUGUUCCCCUAAUAGUGCCUCAAAAGGCUUGGGGGCUGGACUCCCUCUAUUCUCUCUGGCUAGAGCCCCUCCUGGAGAUGGGGUCAAGGCAGCAGGACUGACCAAAUGACUACUGGUUGGCCAGAGGAGCUCAGCUGAAGCCCUGGACACUCUCAGAUCUGAGAUAGGAGUUUUCUGGGAAACUGGAAUGAGUUCCCUUCUCCUGAAUGACGGUCUAGGUGCCACUUGUUUUUAAACUCUUAACCUGGAACUCCUUAAAUGGGGCAGGUGGGUGAGAUUACCAAAGCUGAAGCUGGCUUUGCUGAGAAACUCCCUACCUCCCUGCCUUCUCCUCUUUCCUCUUGGAGUGGACUGAAGCAGACAUCAAGCAGAGGCUGAGAGGGUGACCACUGCCUAGUCUACUCUUUCUCUGUAGAUCUCAGACCUUAAGCUCACAGUCCCUCAAUAUCUCUCUGCCAGUACCAGGGUCUUUCUCUAGUUAGGCCUCUAACUCUCUGUUUCUGUAGCAUUGCUAGCUUCCCAACAUCUCUCUUUUUUUUUUUUUAAUUAAUUAAAAUUUUAAUUUAAGAUGAGUUCUCUUAAUUACCCCCAUCCUACUACUACCUCCGCUGUUAACCCCAUCCCUUUUAGGAACCUUAUUGUUUCCCACUGAAUAUGAGUUAAGGUAAGAGGUGGAUCUUAACCUAAUGACAUUCCAUUUAAGUCUUGGGGACUUGGCCUGCCCUCUGCCAACCUCCCUGCUGGCCCAGGUGAGAGGAGGAAGAGGGAGCUGGAGAGAAACUCAGAAUGCAGCAAAAUUAGGAGUUAUGUCUCAGGGUGGACUUCCUGGCCAUUGAGGAUGGCAGAAGCAGUGAGAGAAAUAGGUUGAAAAUAAUCAUCUGAGGGCCGGCCCGGGGGCGUAGCGGUUAAGUGUGUGCGCUCUGCUGCGGUGGCCCGGGGUUCGGAUCCUGGGGACACACCGAUGCGCCGCUAAUCAAGCCAUGCUGUGGCGGCAUCCCAUAUAAAGUGGAGGAAGAUGGGCACGGAUGUUAGCCCAGGGCCAGUCUUCCUCAGCAAAAAGAGGAGGAUUGGCGACAGAUGUUAGCUCAGGGCUGAUCUUCCUCACA